AUGAAUGAUAAAAAAAAGACAGAUUCAAGGGAUGUUUUUGGUAGAAAUUUGUCAUACUUAUUGUCCUGUCAUCAAGGAAGAGAUAAAUUGAGAUCCAUCGAUUUAUGUUCGUACGAUUUAGAAAGUGGUUACACACCUUUGCAUGCUUGUUUGAAGUUGGGCUACUUGCAUAAAGCUUUCAUUCUCUACCAGAUCUGGAAGAAUGAUUCUUCAGUUUCUCAAAUAUCACAGGAAAAUAUCUGGGAGAAGAAAGAUCGUGAGGGCCUUACACCUAUGGAACUCUUUCGGUGUGAGAACGAGAUUUGGAACUUGAAAGUCUUACCCAUAGCUUUGUAUCCUGAAAAAGUCGGGGAAGGAAACGAAAACUCAUCUCUGAUACACUGGCAGCCGCGAUUCAAAGACAGUGAGCAACAAGGUGCAUAUCCAAGCAUACUUGAACUAAGAGAACUUUACCACACAUAUCGAGGUGGGCGCGAACUUUUCACUUUCGGUUCUAAUAUAAACAUGCAACUGGGAACGGGAGAUUCGGACGAUAGGCAAAAGCUUUUUAAAUUGGAUGAGUAUCAGCUUGGUGGAGGACAAGGGCUUGACAGAGUUAGAUUCAAGUCUACCAUAAUGACAAGAUACCAAUCGCUCCUCGUCACUACCGAUGACAAAAUAUUUAUAGCAGGUAAUGCGAGCAGGGGAAGACUAGGCAAUGGUACGUUAAACGUAGCGAAUUUUAAACACACACAGGUAAAUCUCGACUCUGCUGGCAUAAAGCAAGUAACGGCUAGUGAUCAUCAUGUUAUUGUUCUUACUUCAUCAAAUGAAGUUAUUUCGUGGGGAUGGAAUCGAUAUUUUCAGCUUGGUUAUUCGACUUCGUCCUACAGCAACAAGUUUAUCGAUAAGGCGGCAUCCGAAAAUAUCUGCAGUCCACAGCCUAAAAAACUUGCCCAAUGUCCAUGGAAGAAAACUUGGUCAGGUGAAGUGCAAUUUAUUGCGUGUUCCAAGGUACACUCCUGUUUGAUCGACGAUAACAACUAUUUGUAUUCUUGGGGCUUAAAUUUAGGACAAAUGGGAGUCGCAAAAAACUUCAAUAAAGAACUCGAUACAUUUCAUGCUGGCCAUCGCGGCUGCGUUGUAUCCUGCCCAUCGGGAAUAAAAUUGCCAGAUUAUGUGAGGAACAUAAAACAACUAUUAUGUACAGACUUUGCCACUUUUAUCCUUUUUGAUGAUAACCAACUUUGUGUCAUGAACGAUUACAAAAGAUUAAGAUUUACUAUUCCAAAAGCAACCUCUAAGCAACAAUCUGCAUUAAAUCAAUUCGAUGUCUUCACGCCCAUUUCUUUAAGCAAGAAAAACAGUAUCCUGAAGAUCAAAUCAUCAAAUAUUUUUGGUCUUAACUUGUCAAUCCUAUAUGAAAAUGGUACAGUAGGUAUUGUUCAGGUAAAGAACAUGGAAGAAAGUGCACACUCUUGGUCCAAGUAUCCAAAUAUAUUACCCAUAACCCUAUAUUGGAUACCGUUUUUCAAAUGGAAUAAAUGUCUAGAUUUUGAUGUCGGCGCCAAGGGUCAAUUGGUCGUUUGCACAGUGGGUGGGGAUAUUUAUAAAGCUGAAAAUCCAAAUAUCAUGCAGUUUCAUCGUCAGAGAAGCGGUAAACUAAUAUCAGGUAAAUGUAUAGGGAUAUCUUGUGAUUCGCUAUUCUCUUCAUUUGCCACAAUCAAAGAUGAUGUUGAUAUGAUAUCCAUUGGGUUUUCGAAAAACAAUCUAUAUCGAGAUUUCAACGAAGUUUCUCCAAUAAAUAACAAAAUCGGUCCAAGAACAGUGAAAGAUAUAGAAAUGAGCCAGAAAGAAAAUUUGGAAGUGAUAUAUGACAAAUUUUUGAAGCCAAUAAAAAGCCAAGAAAGCCUCCAUGGCAUGGUUGUUGAUUCCGUUCCCGAUAGUACAUCUCUGGAUAGAACUUGCGAUAGUCUAAUCAAACGAAGCAUGGAUAGCUGGUUCACUACUCCAUCCCUAGAGUGUUCAAAAAUGUAUUCAAAAUGUCGGCCAGCAGUUAUUAAUUACCCCACGGUCCCUUGCUUCAACAGGAACAGAUUCGACGUUUUGUUUCUAGACACGGCAACCAAGAAGGUAAUUGCAGGAUGCCAUAGCGCAUUGUUACAAAUUCGAUCCCCCGUAUUCAUGUCUCAGCUAAUGAAAAAUGGGUAUAUCUCCUAUGAAGACGAAUACGGAGUUCAGAUGCAACUUCAGGGCUGGCCUAACUUCCGUGGCCACCAACUAUUGAUUGAAGUGGCAUCCAAUAAAUUACCAGCAGGUGCUCUUCUUUACGCCUUACACUUUAUGUACACGGAUGAGAGGCCUCAAUGUUUAAACAAUGUGGAUGCAGCACUUAAAAGAAAUCUAGAACUAGCAAUGCUUCAGUUUCUCAGGAUACUAGAUAUCAAUGUGAGCUCGUACAAAAAUGAUAGAUUGCCUGGCAUUUUGAUGCAUUUAUUAGACAUCGAAAAUAGUGCAAAUUACAAUGACCUUUUCUCAAAGCCUGAUGUAACUAUUCAUCUGGCCGAUAGCACCAUUUUGAGGUCAUAUUCUUUUGUUCUCGCCUCGAGAUGUGCUUAUUUUGAAUCCUUGCUCUCUCCUGAUUGGAUGCACGAACAUGAUUCAACAAUCGACGUUGAUAUGAGGCACGUCUCAAAGACGGAAUUCCUGGUAAUUUUGAAAUAUCUUCAUGGCUGUCCAUUCAACGAACUGUUCAAGCAUUGCAUUUUUCAAAAUCCUAUAGAGCUCAUAGAGCUGUCCCUUAACAUUAUUCAAGUUUGUGAUCAAAUUUUGUUAGGCGACUUAAAGCAUUAUUUGGAGAGCAUAUUGGUAGAUUUCAUUGAUGGUGGCACAGUUAUACCUUUGUUGAUCAACUCCUACAGACUAUCUUGCAUGCCCUUAGCCUUAGAAUGCUGUUGGUAUCUAUACAACAAUAUUGAUAUUCUCUUUUCAGAUAGAAACAUGAAGAUAAUUGCUGAUAACUUCGAUGAAACUUUGUGGACUACGCUAGAAGAGUUUGUCAGGAAUCUGAGAUUAAAGAAUAGUACGAUUCGCUUUCCCUCCUGGUAUGAUGAUGAAACUACAUCGCUAGAUCUUAUUCGUAUGUUUGACAACAAAAAGGACAAAUUCAAUGAAAUGUUUAUGGGUCGCGAAAACUCUUUCAAGCCAGUUUUUGAUCUGAAUGGGCAGCCGAAGGCUAGAGCAGGCAGUUCAAGAAAAACUUCCGAUAGAAGAAAAUCAUCGUCUUCAGGUACAAGGAAAGUAUCAAUAUCUCAGGAAGAUUUGACAAAUAUUAGGAGGCCUUCGGUCUCAGUCACUGAUUUCCGAAGGCCGAGCUUUACCAAUAUUAACUAUGGUAAUCUUGGCAAGAGUAGCGAAAGUGCUAUCGAUGAUGAGGUACAAGAUGGCGAAGGAAAAGGUUUUAUAACAGUCACGAAAAUUAAGCGUAAGAAAUCAUCAUCCCAAGAAAUAAAUUCUUCUUUGGAUCUUCAAAAAGAUUUAAGCACCCGAUUGGAAAAUGUUGUUAAAUUUGAAAAAACAACUACCAUCGUCACAUCUUCUGCACCAGCCUCAUCGUCAUCCCAGAGAAGUGCAUUGUUUCCGGCGCUUUCGAAAGCUCUUCACACUUCGGUUAAUAUAGAUAAAUCGUCGGUUACACCAAACGUUGAACCUCCUAACGCACCUUUUGCUUCUGUAAAAAAAUUGUCACAGAAGGAGAGAAUGAAAUUACUCGCAGAGGAGAAAAGUCAACAAACUGCCGAACAGAAAAAGAAACCUGUCUGGGGUGGUUCAGCAUCUAAGAAAUCUGUCGCAGGAUCUAAUGGAUCUUCUACAAACAAAUUCCCCUCUAUUUCUGAAUCACUUCAGCAAGCGCCAGCAAAGCGGAAAUCAUCUGCCGUUAGCUUAACAAGCACCGGUACAAGUGCAACUAUUCCUCUGUAUCUUAAUAAUGCACGAAAGAUGGAACCUACACCAACACGUUCCAUAAGAGAAACUAUGGAGGAAGAACGGUUUGCUAAGUGGUGGGCUGAAGAGUCUGCUAAAGUUCAAGAAAAUUUGAAGAGGCAGGAGGAAGCAGGACGAAGUCUUUUUGAUGGAGUCCACGAUCCAGCUCAGAAACCUCCAAAGAAACACGUCAAGGACAAAAGACAGCGUAGACCGAGAAACAAGUUCAAAGGCAUUAAGACCACGACGCUGUAA